AUGUAUACAGGUUUUUGUUAUAUUUCAUAUCUUUUAAUUAUCACUAUUCUGAAUAAAAUAGUUCUAGCAAAUGACAUAAAAGAAGUUCAAUUUAAAUCCCAAUUGAAUAGUUUAUCAUUAGCAAAAGAACUGAUUACCAACUCUAUUUUUCUUGUUCAUUUUCAAUCAGCUUUAACAAUUAUGGCCAGUGAACGAGAUUUUCCAUUUAAUAUUCCAACAGAUUCUAAAUUAAAUUAUAUUCGUUAUCCUCAAUCAUUUCGUACAACAACAAUACAAUUUAGUUCAGAUAUGCAAAAAAUAUUUUCGGAUAUUUAUUCAACAAUGUAUCAUAUUCAACUUGCUGUUAAACGAAUUCCAAAUCAUAUUAAAACAAUAUUAAAACUUAUUACUGCAGGUUCAUCUAAAAUGAAUGAAAAAAUGUUACCUACUAUUAUCAAUAAUAUUGCUCGUAUUUCAAAUGAAAAUAAAAUUCUACUCAAUAAAACUAUAGAUCAAUUAACUAAUCUUUUCAAUUUUGUUAACGAAAUCAAACAAUAUACAAUAGAUUUAUCAUUAACAUAUAAUAAUUAUUCUUCAAAUAAAACUGACUUAAUACUUUAUAAUGAAUUUAAUUCAAAAAAUAUUCUUGAAAAAAUUUCUAUAAUAAUACAACAAAUGAAAAAACAAUAUGAACAAAUUGUUCAAUUAAUGAAUAAUAUUGAUAUUCAAGAAAACUUAAAUUUAUUUCUUAAUGAUGAAAUUAUUCGUUUUAUUUCAAUCUUAUAUAACAUUGAAAAUAAUGCUUAUUAUUUUUAUCAAUUAUCAAGUAUUCAUAUGGAUAUAUUAAAUCGAUAUGUACUUGAUCAAAUUGCUAGUAUUGGACGAUAUACAGUAUUAUCAAGUGAUGAUGAACGUUUAAAAAAUUUUUCCAACUUAUCACAACAAAUGUCAAACAUUUUGUAUGAAGUUGAACAAUUAUUUCUCGAACGUCAAAAUGAAUUUGAAAUCAAUAGUAUGACGUUACAACAAGCAUACGAAAAACUUUUCGAUAAAUUUCAAAAUCGUUCAUCAACAUCUAAAUUGUUAGAAACUAAAUAA